CGCCUGGUGGGUUAUGACGCAGGAGGAGGUCGCAGCGCGGCGCAGACGCUUCCGGUGGGAUCAGAAUUAUGUAUAAAGUCAAUAUAGAGAUAGGCCAUCAAAUAACAAAAAAGCAACACAAGAUUAAAGUAAAAAAAUGUUUUUACAAUUGAUCACAUGUCUUUAAUAUAUAAUAAUGUUCGAACGAAUUUCGUUUUUUUGCGAUAAAAAUCUAUAUUCAACAAAUUGAAAGAUAUAAAUGAUUCAUCCAUAAAAAAAACUAACACAUAUGAUUCAUUUAUUUUGUAACUAAAAUUAAUUUUGUGCCAAGUUAGUACUAUUCAAACAGGACCAAAUGGAGAACUACUCUUUUAAACUUACGACAUUUUCCUUUAAGGCUCGCUUUGUUCGUUAGUUUCACAAGUGGCUGAACAAAAGGUCAACAUUAGGUCCCACGCUACAGUAGCUGGAUGUAUUGUUCUGUUGUCAGUUCCCAUGGAAGUCAGUUGGCACUGAGUACAUGCUGCGAUGUCUCUUUUUUGUUUUUGAGUCAGGCUUUCAGUCAGCAAACUGCAAACAAAAAGACAAACAUAAGUUGUUCACAUUCCUCUUUCAGAUUUAGGAGUCACACCCAGACACGUAAAAAAGAGGCAAGCUAUAACCUGAAUACGACGGCCUAUCACAAAAAAACAACACAAUGUCACAUUUUAUUUUAACCUUUAAAAACAGUAUUAAGACAACAGAAAACAACGAAUUCCGUUAAUUCAGGCGAAGAACGUGUACAAAAUACACUUUUAAACGUUGGCUAAUUUUAACGUUUUGUGCUUUUAUUAUUUUAAUGUCGUCAUUUUCAUUGGAUUUAUUAAAACAUUAUGGAUGCAGUGUGUUCUGCAUUCAAUGACACGGUAAAUGCUUCAAGAUGCGUGUUAAAUUAAAGGGGUUUUAUGAUGUGGGAUUGAGUGUUGAGAUCAGUUGAAGUUUGUCCCUGUGGGUAUAUUUGAGGUAAAGUUUGAAUUGUUGUGUGUGGGACUCUGCAUGCUGACAAGGUGUUUUUCUUCUUCAGGUGUGAUUGUUGUGAAAAUAUUCUAAUCAUUAUCCUCAGUUAACCUACUUGUUGCUUGAAGACAGACUGUAACAACCUGCAGCUAACGUUAUCAGCUGUCGAUCUGCUCUGCUUGAUGUGUCAGUGAUAUUUACACACAUCACAGAUCAGCAGGAUACAAUGUGCAACACCAGCUUAAUACAGAAGAGAUCGUGAUGUGCGGCCCGCAGAUAAACUGUUAUAACCAUAUGGUAAAACAUGUUUUCCAAAAAAAGCUACUAAUAAGUAUUUACUAUUUCGUUUUUUGUUCUAUUUGCACUGGAUCUGAUGCUAAUAAUCAACCAUUUUGAGUUUUAUUAAGGGGGACUGAACAUAAAUACACAUAUUUUAUUGAAGUGAAAUACACGAAGAACUGGUUAGAAAAGGGCACCGUAAUUCUGUUUUCCCAUCAAUUUAAAAACAUGGCCUAAUUUACCUAUUUUUAGGGUAAAUUAGACAGCAGUGAGAUUUUGUCCAUUCAUUAUUUUAACAUUAUUGAACGCAUACUCAAUUUGAUGUUAAAUGUUUCUAUGCUGGUGGUUACUUUAUCUAGCAAAUCAGAAUAAAGCUAAUGGUAUACUUGAUCAACACAAACUAUAAAUAAGUAACAAAUCAGUGUCCUCCCCCGCAGUAAACUGAAAAAGUACACUUCCAUUGUGAUCUUCUCAUCUAUAAAAGAAAAGACAAAGAAACUAUUGAGCGCAUGCAGGGAAUAACUGCUCGUAAUUCUAUUGGUGGGUUUGCGCUCGGAAGCAGCCAAUCAGAGGCCAGAGAAGGCAGACUGAAGCGCUUCAUAGGAGUGGCGCUAUGAGUGUGUGCUUCAGAGGAAAUGUGGAACUGUUCGGAGUACACACUCAUACAACCACUCAAUUAGCAGCUCAUUACAAGCUUGUUGUGGAGUCGGGAGUGUGUGUGAUUCAUCACGUCGCUGCUUAACGACGUCAUACUCUGCUGUAAAGAAGAACAACCCGGGACAAGAUCGCUGAAUCAACUUGAUCAGACAUAAACUGGCUGUAGGCCUACACACAGACGGCGGAGGACUCGGGCAGUCAUGUCAGACAACGCCGGUUGCGAGUUUGAAAUCGACGUAGAGAGCCUGGAGACAGAGAGCGACGACCAGGCGGACUCCUGCAGCCGCCCCGGGUCGGCGCCGCUCGGAGAGGACGAAGCAGAGGGCGGGAAGGGCGACGACAAACCGGCCCCCAGCGGCAUGGGGGAACAGAGGAAGCUCAGCCGGACGCCGAAGUGCGCCCGCUGCCGAAACCACGGCGUGGUGUCCUGCCUGAAGGGACACAAGCGCUUCUGCCGCUGGAGGGACUGCCAAUGCGCCAACUGCCUGCUGGUGGUGGAGAGGCAGCGGGUGAUGGCGGCGCAGGUGGCCCUGAGGAGGCAGCAAGCAACGGAGGAUAAGAAAGGAAUAUCUGGGAAACACAUUCCAGCAGAGAGGAGGACGAUAUAUCAGCGACAUAUUCGACCGUCCACCAUGCUCGCCAAAAGCAUCCUCGAAGGAUACCGUCCGGUGCAGUGUGAUCCAUACAUGCCAGCCGGCCCGUCCCUCCCCCCGCCGCUCAGCGAUCGCAUGAGGAAGAGGAGGGCCUUCGCCGACAAGGAGCUGGAAUCCAUCAUGCUGGAGCGGGAGUACAAAGAGCGAGAGUUGCUGGAGAACAGCCAGGCAGCCUCGCUCAUCUUCCCUAACAGCAUGGCCCACCACACCGCAGAGUACAACUACAAGACAGCUUACUCGUCCGCAGGUCAGGAGGAACCCCAGCCCAAAGAGCUGUGCAACUUCCUGGGCCCUAACUGCCUGGAUCUGUCCAUGCAGUACCCCGCCGGCUCCGCCAACGUGGAGCUCAUCGCCUCCAACGUCAGCGUAGCCACCACCUAUCGCCACUACCCGCUGCAGCCCUCGCGAGGGGGCUUCAUGAUGUGGCCCCGUGGUGCAGCCAACCUUGGCGAUGCCCUGCUCUACCAGCAGUGCCUCUUCAAUGCCACGGCGGUGCAGAACAUGAAGCCAGGUGCAAUGUGGGAGCCCAAGGUGAUGCCUGACGAGAGCCAUCCGUCAGAGCAGGAGGCUGCGGCUGCUCUCGCCGCUAAAGUGGAAGGAUCCCGAGCAGCUGCGGCGCAGGACUCAGCAGACCCUCAGCGGGCUGAUCCCAAAGCCCCCGGUGUCACGCAGAGGGAGUGCUCAGCCUUCUCUCCACCCAAUAGGAGCUUCGGACAGUCCUUCCCCAACAACUCUCAUUCCCAAAACUCCAGCCAAGUCCUGAACAAGCUGAGCAAGGACAACGCUAACAUUUCUGUGAAACUCAACUCCUUUCACUCGCUCAUCCAGCACUCGCUGAGUGAGAAAAGCGGCGGCGGUGCCGGGCUGGAGCUCAGGGCUCCAUACUGCAAAGAGCUCUUAGAGGAGGCUGCCCGAAAAUUCAGGGAGGGCUCCGCCAAAGACAUUCAGGCUGUGAAAAUCAGCAACAGGUACGCUAAAGACUUUCUGUCCAAGCCUGUGGGGACCAAGAUGGCGUCCAGUGAGUCUUUGUCCUUCUCUGUGGAGGCCAUACUGAAGAGACCCGCGCCUGCCAUGAGUCGAGCAUUCCAUUAAUUUCCCCUUUCCUUGCACUAUAAUCGUCAGGUUUGUCUCAGCUAGAGGGUCAAGCUAAAUCCUGAACCCCGGCACUGCAUUGGAAACUAGACCAGCUAGAACAUAUUUGUUUUCCCUAAUGUAAUAUUUAUGUACAGUAUAUUAUAUUUUACAUGUGCAUGUUUUAAUAACUUUAUGUAUUAUUUAAACAUUAUCCCAACGUUUUCCCCAUGUCAAUAAACUUUGAAAGAUUGAACUCUU